UUACCGCCUGGCCAGGCCAACGCCACCCCGCCCAAGCUGAAGCGCGACGAGCAGAAGGGGAGGGGGGCGCUGCUGUCUGACAUCUGCAAGGGGGCGCGGCUGAAGAAGGUGGCCGUUGUGAACGACAGGAGCGCGCCCGUCAUAGAGAGUAAGGCCACCGCGAGCUCGGCGCCCCGAUACAGGGGCCCCCCCACACUCCCCACCACGCUCCCACACUCCACGCUCUCCCCUGAGGGGGUCCCAGCGUCCUGCUGCAGGGUUGACAGGGGGCGCCGGCGUCUUUUCUUGUGUCUUCUGGCUCGGGACUUGCACACCCUGAGGAGCCCAGAGCCGUCCUGCGGACGGAAGGAGAGGUCCCCCUGGAGCUCCUCCAGAGAGCAGGGGGGCCUGUGGGCCGUGUGCGGUGCUGUGCUGGACCUGACCCGACUGGACCAGUCCCAGCUGGACCCUGCUGCGCCCCUGAGCUUCCACAGCCCGGCCGCACUCAGGAAGGGCGGAGAGACUCCUGCCCCACCCAGUGCCAACGGGAAGGAGGGCGUGGUGCAGGGGGCGGUAGUUUACUGGAUUCUCACCAAUGAGAACUUGGAAAGUGCGGACAAAGCCUGA